CAUCACAUUUAAAGCUGUGUUACUAUCCCACCCCCUGAAAUAAAUACUGAGACCUGAGGCAAGCAAGUUCAUUUUCAGGUUUAUCCUCAUAGGACGUUUGGUGGAAGGAACAUAGUUUGCCAGCAUGGAUUUAACUUUGCUUAUAUUUAUCUUACUACCGGUCGCAGCUGUUUCAUAUAAGGUGGUUAUGCCCUCUGAAGUAUGGUUUAAGAUGGGUGACAGGAGGACGUUGACGUGCAGCAUGCGCUCGUGCCCGGGGGAAGUGAAGUUCUCUUGGACUUCGUUAGAGGACAAACCGCUAUUCGCCACCGUGGAUAACAAGCACGCGGAGUCCUUGUUGAUCUUUGAAAGUGUCAUGAAGAAUCACGAAAACACCGUAGUGUGCAAAGCAACCUGUGGGAAGGACUCAAAACAGGCGACAGCUGCGAUUAAAGUUUAUUCUUUUCAAAGAAACCCAGUUAUAAUCGGGAACGAGCACAUGAUACUGGGCGAGGAGAACAUCUUGACCUGUGAGGUAUCUCAUGUAUACCCGUCAGAGUACCUUGAAGUCAAAUUGCUAUAUGAAGACAAAGUUCUGGUCAGUAAAGAAGGAGAAGAAGAUGGUACCGAUAGUUUGAAGAUAUCCCACACAUUCCAACCUUCAAGUGAAGACGAUGGAAAGGAAAUAACCUGCAGAGCAUCACUUAAUGUUGAAGACAUACCACAUGAUGAGAGGACCAAAAAGACAUCUGGACACCUGAGGGUUCUUUCUGCACCUCAUAAUCUCCGAAUGUCUGGAUUAACUGCAGUCUCACUGGGAUCCAGUUUAACUUUGACCUGUGAGGCAGAGGGCAGCCCUGAGCUUGAGUUUACAUGGACGGCUCUUAAACCAGAUGGCCAGUCUGUUGAAAUAGGAAAACGUCGAGAGAUGUCCAUACCCAAUGUGACCCUAUCUGAUGCUGGUGUUUACCAGUGUGAAGUUAGCAAUAAUUUGGGAAGACAAACGGACAACGUUUCUGUUGUCGUUCAAGCACCCCCAAUGAAUACGAUCAUUGAAGCAAGUCAACAAACAGUUUUGAUGGAGGGAGAGUCCAUAAGCAUCUUCUGCAAAUCCGAUGGGGUCCCAGUGGAUCGUGUGGUGCUGAGACGAAUGCUGGAUAGCAGAACAACCGAGCUGAAGAGUAGCGUUGGGUCCGAAACAUCAUUUACCUUUGAAUCUGUCAAGGUGUCCGACUCUGGCUUUUAUGAGUGUACGGCCUUCAAUAAGUUUGGAAGUCAGAGUGCUUCUCUUAACCUUACGGUUGAAGCUGCACCUCAUAAUCUCCGAAUAUCUGGAUUAACCGCAGUCUCACUGGGAUCCAGUUUAACUUUGACCUGUGAGGCAGAGGGCAGCCCUGAGCUUGAGUUUACAUGGACCGCUCUUAAACCAGAUGGCCAGUCUGUCGAAAUGGGAAAACGUCGAGAGAUGUCCAUACCCAACGUGACCCUAACUGAUGCUGGUGUUUAUCAGUGUGAAGUUAGCAAUAAUUUGGGAAGACAAACCAAGAGAGUUUCUGUUGUCGUUCAAGCACCCCCAAUGAAUACGAUCAUUGAAGCAAGUCAACAAACAGUUCUGAAGGAAGGACAGUCCAUAAGCAUCUUCUGCAAAUCCGAUGGGGUCCCAGUGGAUCGUGUGGUGCUGAGACGAAUGCUGGAUAGCAGAACAACAGAGCUGAAGAGUAGCGUUGGGUCUGAAACAUCAUUUACCUUUGAAUCUGUCGAGGUGUCCGACUCGGGCUUUUAUGAGUGUACGGCCUUCAAUAAGUUUGGAAGUCAGAGUGCUUCUCUAAACCUUACGGUUGAAGCUUAUUUGCUUGAAGUGGAACUACAACCAAGUGAUGCGAUCGUAGCAGAAAGCGGCUCCAGCCUUACGCUUUCCUGCAAUGCUUCAGGUUGCCCCCAACCCACGUUCACCUGGAAGAGUCUUGGAAAUCUACCAAACCGAGGCCUAAUUAAAACCGACGGCUUAUUGUCCAAGCUGUUCCUCGACCCGGUGGAGGUGGAAGAUGAAGGAACUUACAUCUGUGAGGUCACAUGCGGCUCAGCUGCGAAGUCCAAACAGACCAAAGUGAAUGUGUUCUCGUUUCCUACAAGUCCUGUGGUAGAAAGUCCUGGACCUUCUCUGGAGGGAGAGAUGAUACGCUUGACCUGCACCGUUCUGGAUGUUUUCCCAACCAACUUCUUCCGAAUUGUGUGGACGGAUGGGGAGGGGGAACUCCACUCUGAAUCUGGGAUGUUGUCGAGUCAUCUUCAGAAUCUGACUUCGGUGUUGUCUUAUCACGUGGAAGCCAAAGACCAAGACAAAUUAAUGACCUGCAAAGUCUUACUGGAUAUGAACGGUGUACCGACAGCUCAAACUGUAAAGACGGCUUCAACAGCAUUGUCUGUUCACUAUCCUCCCAGAGGGACCAGGAUAACUGUGAUCCCACAGGGCGAGCUGAAAGAAGGAGAAUCUGUGAGCAUUUCCUGCCUGUCCGACAGCGUUCCGGUGGGGCGUGUGGAACUGAUCAGGGUUGUGGAUGGGAUAGAAACAGAGCUGAUGGCCAGGGAUGGGGUUGAAACAUUGGUUAUCCUCACGCCUCUUGAGCUGGGUGACUCCGGCCUAUAUGUGUGCAAAGCGUCUAACCGGCAUGGAAGCGAAAGUGAUAGUGUUGAAAUUAAAGUGAAAGCACCACCCAGGAACACAACGGUGGAGGUCUUCCCAUCCUCUGAGGUUCAGGAGGGCCAAAAUAUCACCAUCUGUUGUAACUCCGUGAGCUUUCCUCCACCUGCGGUGGUCCUCAGGAAGCUGGAUAGCGAGUCAGUCAUCUACUCUCCCGAUGGCGUCUUUCAGCUGAUCAACCUUACUGCCAAUGACACAGGAAUGUACCAGGUUAAUGUCACCAAUGACCUGGGCUACGAAACUGAGAUUUUCAUUAUACAUGUGAUGGAGAAAAGAUUUGUUUCUCCACCAAGCUGGACUGAUUUUAUAACCCCUGCCAUCUGCCUGGGAGCCACUGCAGCACUUGUUGGUAUUAUGGUGUAUCUCUGGAGAGACCGAAAGAAGGGUUCGUACGAUCUCACGAAGUGCAAUCCAGACACUGUAUAGACUCACUUUGAACUCCACAAACUGUCAGUAUGAGGCACGCCCUGCCGAACUGUCCCGUAAGAGUCGGAGCUUUCCCGAAGCUAGAACGGUAGGUGAAUGGAUUUCCAAUCGCCACGUCAGGUGAUGCUUGAGAACCAUCGUUCUUCACAGCCGGAGACAAUCAAGGUAUCUGUCGUUUGACGUGAAUGAGGGAAAUUGGAUUGGUGAAGUUUCUUCACGGUUUUGAGAAGUGGCAGCUGUCUUUUAUGCAGUGAAUCCGAUUACACUGAUUUUUAAAAACGACUGUGCAAUAUGAAUGUAACAUUUAGGCAUUAAAACUGAUAUAAAUGUUUGACCCUGUCUGUGAAAUCCAGACUGAAGUCUAAUAAUCUAAUGAUGGGAUUUGGACCAUCGAAGUUUGAUUUUACAUUAAAUCACAUAUAAAAUGACUUUAGGUGGGUUUUCACAGGCAGGGUCACAUAGUGUUCCUUGAUUUUCUAUUGACUAAAGGUACACAGCAUUAAGACACAGUUUUAGCACAUGACACAUGAAAGUUUAAUUUUAUUGUGCGUGAUUUUAAGUGUGCAUAUUAUUUGUUUCCUCAAAAUGCAAUAUAACUUGUUUUGCCUCUUUGUCUGAUGUCACAGGGCCUUGUUUAUUACACCAGUUAUAAAGCAAUGAUAUCAGUUUUAAUGAUACAGUUUAUUUGCAAGAAAAUAUUAAGUCGUGUUGAUCAUUAAUAUGAAUAUGUCUUGAAGUGAAAUUAAAGUGCUCAGACGCAAAAGCUGCUAAAUGGCGCCACCUCUGGCAAAAAUUCAGUCUGAUCUUAUGAAAAUUCGUAUGUAUUUUACAAGUUGGCUUAUUCGUACGAAGUGAAACAUACGAUUAUCUUAAAAACAAUAACGAAACCCCAUCACAGGGUUGUACGAAUGUGGUUAUACAAAUGAAUACGAAUAGCCACCUCUAAAAUACGUACAAAUUGCCAUGAGAUAGCGUUGAAAAUACUGCUAUGUUGGCAGAAUCUGUUAAACACCAAUGAACGACGGUGUGUAUACGUGUAAUCGUGGGUUCACAUCAGCCGUGCUUGAGCCGUCAAAAUUGCAUCUACUGAACAGUUUGAGUUUACUCGCUUCAUUUGAGCGUGAAAUUCUAGUCAUCAAGACAUUCACACGGAAAUUUGUGUCAUGGGAGGGGCUUCUGCGACUCUGCUCACUUCCUGUAAUCACGUCACUACUAGAGCAAGCUCCUGAUUGGUUAACACGGCGCGUUUUUCUGCCAAAGUCAAAUUUUUUCAACUCAUGCGUUUGCCCCAACAACUCAAAAUCCGGGCGAACUAGACGAGCACAUGGCGGAAUCGCAUGUACUGCGCUAAACGCAUCAUUCCCGCUGCCAGACCUCCAGACGCCCGGCAACGCUUCCUCACAUUCCGCAGCAUAACCGUGGGUUCACACCAGCCGCGUUUGAGGUGUCAAAUUCGCGUCUACCGCAUCUAGUUUGCCGCUUGAUCAUUUUGAGUUUACUCGCUUCAUUUGCACAUGAAAGCCGUGCGUAAAAUUCUAGUCAACGAGACAAUCACGCAGAAAAUUCGCUUCCUGUAAUCACAUCACUACUAGAGCAAGCUCCUGAUUGGUUAACGCACCGUGUUUUCCCGCCAAAGUUAACAUUUUUCAACUCACGCGUUUACCCCGACAACUCUAAAUUUGCGCGAACUAGACGCGCAAAUGAGGCGGAAUCGCGUGUACCGCGCUAAACACCUCAUUCGCGCUGCCAGACCUCCAGACGCGCAUCCAUGCAUCUUCACAUUGACUUAACAUUGAAAUCACUCGUGCUUGACGCCUCUACUGCGGCUGGUGUGAACGCACCAUAACCGUGUGUUCAAACCAGCCGUGUUUGAGGCGUCAAAUUCGUGUCUACUGCGUCUAGUUUGCCGCUUAAAAAUUUUGAGUUUACUCGCUUCAUUUGCGCAUGAAAGCCGCGCGUAAAAUUCUAGUCAACGAGACAUUCACCCAGAAAAUGUGCGUCUUGGGAGGGGCUUUUGCGACAUUCUGUAAUCACGUCACUACUAGAGCAAGCUCCUGAUUGGUUUACGCGGAUCAUUUUUCUGCCAAAGUAAAAAUUUUCAACUUUCGCGUUUGCCGUGGCAACGCUCAGUUCACGCCAUUCGCGAACUAGCCGCGCGAAUGAGGCGGAAUCGCGUCUACAACGCCGCGCUAAACGCCUCAUUCGUGCCACAUGACCUCCAGAUGCGCGUCAAUGUGUCUUCACAUUGACUUAACAUUGAAAUUACUCGCGCUUGACGCCUCUACCGUGGCUGGUCUGAACACAGCAUAAGACUCUCUUAAUAUUUUCCUUUUAUUUUUGGAUAUUGACCGAAUUUAUGAGCCUUUUACCUUUAUUCACAAAGGACAUUGAAGAGAGACUUUUUUAGAAGUGGAAAUUUUACAGGGUUUUGCAGCGAAAUAAUUUUCUAAAUACAGUACUUAUUAAAAGACUAAAGUGACAUUUGUGAAAAUAUGGCAUUUCAAUUAGUGACUAAUAACAUUUAUUGAACCUAAACAUAAAAGCCUGAUAUAAAAAAAUGCUCAGUUACAAGAAAACAUAUCAGACGCACUUAUUGAGAGUUUUAAUGUCUGUUUAAAGAUGAUGCUGUAUAACUAUCUGUAUUUAAAUCACUGUGUUGUUUAUAUAUUUGAAUGAUGUUUUCUGUUUAAUAAAUAUUUUUUUAAACAACCAAUUGUCUACUAUCUG